UCUGCAUGUUCGUCAGUCUUCUCUGAUAGAAAAUAAUUCUGACAUUGAUAUCUCCUGGACUGAUACAUUAAAGGACCGAUGCCGGAUAUAUCUGACGGUUAGUGGCAGACUUGAAUCAAGUUAACUCGUGGCAUCUGCAGACAUCAAGUGACAUACCUUCAGUAUUAAAAGAAGGGCAGAUAAAAUCAACCAAGUUAAAUUGCGUCUUCACAAUGUAAUACAACACAUCUCUUUAUGUUAAUCACCUACCGUUAAUCCGAAUUCACUCAUAAUUUACAUGUAAGUCUAUAUUUUCUUUAAAAAUAUUUCUGUCUCUAAAGAUAGCAGUAUAUUUGCAUUUUACAUCAUAAGUACAGCUGUUUUAAGUUUACUAUGGCAAAAAUUGUUAUUUUGAUCACUUUACUUAUCUUCGCUCGUAAUGUGUGUAGAGGAAUAUCCAUAAUGCAAGGUCAAGAAGCCAAUUUGAUUUUUCCAUAUCCAUGUGAUAGUACAGAAGUAACAUUGCAGCAUUCAUACAGAGCGCCAUUUUAUUGUUCAACGGAAGGCUCAUUGAUAUUUUUGCCCGAUAGUCAGGCUCAGAGAUUUGAAGUAAAGAAUGUUAUUAACAAUGGGAGCUGCUCUCUGGAUCUUACAAUAAGGGAUCUCAUGAUAGAUGAUGAAGGGACAUACAUCUUGUUAGUAUACAAGGAUGGGGAAAUACUAGGUGAUCAUACACAUAGGAUAUACCUGAAGGUAGACUAUCCUCCUGAUAAGGCACUUUGUGUUGUGGGUGAAGAUUAUGAUAGAGAAUGGGUAGCAGUAGACUGUACAGCCAAUGCCAGAAGUCUACCAGGAAAGAUUGAAUGCUAUCAAGAUGGUUUACGGAUGCCUCACUUAAGAGACCCUGCUCUGACAGGCUCUUUAUUGAAACAGUCUAUAAUCAUAAGAAAAUCAGAGCAAGUGUAUUGUUGCUAUUCUGCUUUGAAUGUAAAUAAAUCAAGAUGUGAAUGUGAUGAUACUGUCUUGUUCCAAGAUGAAUUCCACAGGAAAGACCCAUGUCCUAGCAUUACAACACAAAUGUCAACAGAGUCUAUGUCCCAGAAAGGAAAUGUUGGUUCUCUUGUAACGCCCAACAUACCUGGCCUAGGCGAGGUGAUCUUUGUAGUGCAGACAUAA